CUGUACACCGUCCAGAUUCCCAUCUUCACACUUGCUCCGCUCCACCAUCAACACCCCCAUGGCUUCGUAUGAUGAAGAUAUCAGUGAUGCAGAAAAAGUGUAUCAGGAAUGCCAUCAGAGCGGCCCACUUUCCUUCAGUGACUGCAUCCCUCCGGCUCGCAUGAAGCUCUGCAGCAAGAUCGGAGAAGGGACGUUUGGAGAGGUCUUCUCCACCAUCAACGAUUCCAACAAGACCGUUGCUCUCAAAAUCAUCCCAGUAGAAGGCAGUCAGCAGGUCAAUGGUGAACAACAGAAAACCUUCGGCGAAAUCCUCCAUGAAAUCAUCAUUUCCAAAGAGUUGAGCUGUCUUAACAUGAAGGAGAUCAACAAGACAGACGGUUUCAUUGGGCUAAACAAUCUUCAUUGUGUUCGUGGAUGUUAUCCGGACGCUCUGCUCAAAGCCUGGGACAAGUUUGACCGUCAGAAGGGAUCUGAGAACGACAGACCUGAUUUCUUUGAUGACGAGCAGCUGUUUUUAAUCCUGGAGUUCGAGUUUGGAGGGAGUGAUCUAGAGAACAUGAACGGAAAGCUGUCUUCCCUGGUCCAGGCCAAGAGCGUUCUUCAUCAAGUCACUGCCGCUUUGGCUGUAGCCGAGCAAGCGCUGUGCUUUGAACACAGAGAUCUUCACUGGGGAAACAUCCUGGUGAAGGACGUCAAGCACAAACACAAUGAGUUCAUCCUGAAUGGAACGGUCCAUUGCAUCGAGACACGGGGGGUUCACGUCAACAUCAUCGACUACUCGCUCUCACGCCUGGAGAUCGAUGGACUGACGGUGUCAUGUGAUAUCUCUAAUGAUGAGGAGCUGUUUAUGGGUCAGGGAGAUUAUCAGUUUGAAAUCUACCGUCUAAUGAAGAAAGAAAACAAUAACUGCUGGUCCACGUAUAAUCCUCAUUCCAACGUGUUGUGGCUACACUAUCUAGCUGAGAAGCUGUUAAACAUGAAAUACAAGAACAAAGGCCAGCAGAAGACGCUGAAGAACGCCCUCACAUCUUUCCAGUCGGAGAUUCUUAGUUUUCCGUCGGCUACAGAAGCUCUUAUGAACUGCAGGCUCUUUCAGUGAAAGAUUUUUUUUAUUUUUAUUUUUUAUUAACACAAACGAUAGACCUGUAUAUUUAGAAUUACCAGUCCAGGGCAAGGAGCGAUAUUCUAAAGUUCUGUAAAAAAAAAAUA